AUGGCCACCACCAAAGUUGCUUUGAUCACAGGCGGAGCCAGUGGAAUGGGACUGGCCGUCGCAAAGGCUCUAUCAGCACGCCCUGACUGGAUUAUUCAUAUCCUGGACAUCAACGAGGAGCGCGGUGCCCAGACGGCCCAGGACUUGCCUCGUACCUUUUUCCACCGUGCCGACGUGACCAAGUAUAGCGAGCUAGGUGAGGCAUUCCAGCAAUCAUUCAAGGCUCAAGGCCGCCUAGACUUUGUUUUUGCGAAUGCCGGCGUAAUCGAGCGAACCAAUUUCUACGCUGAGCACCCCGUGGCCAACGAACAGGAUGUGACCCCGCCGCCCGAGCUAGACUUACUGUCGAUCGAUGCUGACCUGAAGGGGGUCGUUUUAACCACUUAUCUUGCCCAGCACUAUUUCCGCCACUCGCCACACAAGGGUGUCGGCGCGACGCUUGUGAUGACUGCGAGUUGCGGCGGACUGUAUCCGUCCUUCUACUCGCCUCUGUAUUCCGCUGCGAAAUUCGGCGUAGUUGGCUUCAUGCGGUCCAUCGCACAACACUUCAUCGCGGACGGCGUGCGCGUUAAUGCUAUCUGCCCGGGAAUUGUGCGCACGAAUCUCGUCGACCAGAAUGGCUGGGCUAGCUUCCCCCAGGACCGGUUCACGGAAAUGAGUUCGGUGGUCCGCGUCGUGCUCCAGCUCGUGGACGGAGGCGAACCAUCGGGCCAGGGGCUGUCCGAUACGCCAGGGUCCCACCUACCCGCAUCCAAAUUGUACGGACUAGCCGUGGAGAUCUCUGACAGCGGGGUGUACUUCCGGGAUCAGCAUGAGUUUUGUGAUGAGGGAAUGCGCGAGGUGAUGGCCGCGACGGUUCUCGAAAACCAGGUCGGUGCCAUCUUGAAUGCUGAUUAA